UUUACUUUCGUCAUUGUUAUUUUUAUAAAUAAUAUCUGUAAUAAACCCAAAGAAAUUAGUCAUUAGUAUUUGAUAUUUGUACACUGAUCACUUAGUGUUAAGCGUGUCGAUAGUGUCGUUUAUCCACGUUUUUUUUUUUUAUUAAUCCAGUUGUUGUUAACAUGUUAAUUAGUUUACUUUCUAUUAGUCUCUAAUGAAAAUUCAAGUUUUUAUAUUAUUGAUCGUAUAUUGAUAAUAUCGUAAUAUCAUUAUGAAUAAAAAAAGGAAAGGAGGAGCAGAAAGAGAUCGCGAAAAAAACAAGAAAUUACUUGCAAAAUGUGCUGAAAAAUGUAAUCAAUUAGAUUCAUUUUUUCUAAAAGGUACACAUACUAAGGUGAUUGGUAGGAAAGAUAGUCAAUUGAUGACUGUACAUACAGGUUCUGAAGGUAAGUGCAUAGAUCAUUUUUAAUUUAUGUAAUUUGGAGGCUUAGUAUUUUGAAUGAAAAUAUGUAGUCAUGUAGGCCACUUGCAUUAAUUUAAUUUAAUUUUUUUCAGAUCAAACAUCAAACAGUAAUGAUUUAGAAUCUAACAUCUCUUUAAAUUGUGAUCAUGUUAAUUUGCCUAGUACUUCAGAGCAUAUCCUCAUUGGUAAUUUAUCUUGUUCUUAUAUUAAAACAAUAUUUUGAAUAAAAUGUACUUGUAUAAUUUAAUUUAAUUUUUUUCAGAUCAAACAUCAAACAGUACUGAUUUAGAAUCUAACAUCUCUUUAAAUUGUGAUCAUGUUAAUUUGCCUAGUAGUACUUCAGAGCAUAUCCUCAUUGAUCCAACAUCAGACAGUACUGAUUUAGAAUCUAACAUCUCUUUAAAUUGUGAUCAUGUUAAUUUGCCUAGUACUUCAGAGCAUAUCCUCAUUGAUCAAACAUCAAACAGUACUGAUUUAGAAUCUAACAUCUCUUUAAAUUGUGAUCAUGUUAAUUUGCCUAGUACUUCAGAGCAUAUCCUCAUUGGUAAUUUAUCUUGUUCUUAUAUUAAAACAACAUUUUGAAUAAAAUGUACUUGUAUAAUUUAAUUUAAUUUUUUUCAGAUCAAACAUCAAACAGUAAUGAUUUAGAAUCUAACAUCUCUUUAAAUUGUGAUCAUGUUAAUUUGCCUAGUACUUCAGAGCAUAUCCUCAUUGAUCAAACAUCAAACAGUACUGGUUUAGAAUCUAACAUCUCUUUAAAUUGUGAUCAUGUUAAUUUGCCUAGUACUUCAGAGCAUAUCCUCAUUGAUCAAACAUCAAACAGUAAUGAUUUAGAAUCUAACAUCUCUUUAAAUUGUGAUAAUGUUAAUUUGCCUAGUACUUCAGGGACCCCUAUAACAGUACUGAACAAAGAUACCAUCGUUGAAAAUACUGCAUCAAAUUUUAUGAAACCAAAGUAUCAUACACUAGAAUAUUUUUUCAAGAUUCAUCCAGUUCAACCACAUGAUGAUUCCACUCUGCCAUUUGUAAGUAGAAAAGCUUUUUAUAGAAAAAAUCAAACCAUUCGAACCUGGUGUACAUAUGAUGAGACAAAUGUUAAGAUGUUUUGUUCAGUUUGUUUGGCUUUUUCUAUUGAUAAGAAUCCAUUUACUUAUGGAAUGUGUGAUUGGAAACACAUUUAUCAAAGGAUUUCUGAACAUGAAAAUAGUAAGGUGCAUAACCAAUGUUGUGAAGCUUAUUUUAUGCAUAGCCAAAAGAGAGAUGUUGGUUCUUUAUUAAUGGAAAAUCAGAUGCAUCAACUAAGAGAAGAAGUAAAAAAAAAUAGACAAGUUCUUGAAAGAAUUAUUGAAGUAUGUAAGGUAAUAGGAAAGCGUGGCUUAAGUGUCCGUGGAAAACGAAAUGAAGCGGCAUACUUUCUUAAAGAUCCAACACUGGAUCAUGGAACAUUUUUAGAAAUGAUUAUACUCAUAAGCAAAUAUGAUGCUGUAUUAAAUGAACACAUCAAUAAUAUUAUAAACAAAAGUGAAAAAAUGCAUUUGCAAGGUUCUAAAGGUAGAGGAAAUUUUGUAUCGCUUCUAAGUCAUUAUUCAAUUAGCAAUGUAAUAUCAACAAUUUCUUCAAUAAUCAAGCAAACAAUAUCUAGUCAAAUUAGUAAAGCCCAAAUGUUUUCGGUCUUGAUUGAUACAACACAAGAUAUCACUGUAAUGGAUCAGUGUUCAAUUGUCUUAAGGUAUGUUACCAAUGGGACAAUAAAUGAAAAAUUAAUUGCAGUGAAGUGCUGUUCUGAUUCCACUGGUAAAGGAAUGAUGGAAUUAUUGCAAAGUGCCUUAGAAGAAGUCAAAGUUGACCCAGAAAAAUGCAUUGGUAAUGCUACAGAUGGAGCAGCUAACAUGCAAGGUGUUUAUAAUGGCUUUACUGCAUGGUUGAGCAAAGUCGCUCCUGAACAGAUACAUGUAUGGUGUUUCAGCCAUGUAUUAAAUUUAGUAAUUACCGAUGCCACUAAGAAUCCAGUUCGUGUGGCUAAUUUCUUUUCUUUGAUCAAUGCAUGUUCAGUGUUUUUCAAAGAAUCGUAUCAACGAAUGAACAUAUGGAGAGAUAUUAGCGAAAAUGAACAUGAAAACAUACGUCACAAACGGUUGCAAUCUAUUUCAGACACAAGGUGGACUGCUAAACAAACAGCUGUAAAUAGAAUUUUUGGAAGUUAUGGUAAAUUUGACAAUGUCAUGUAUCCAGAUUUAAUUAUUGCACUUUCUAAAAUUUCCAAAAAUGAAUCGUUUAAACCUGAUAUUCGAUCAAAAGCAAGUAACUUAUUAACUCCAUUAUUAAAGUAUGAAACUAUCUUAAUCGCGCAUCUGUAUAUGAAUAUAUUUUCAAUAACAGGGCCUUUAUCUAGAUAUUUGCAGACAUCUGGAUUAGAUUUACAUAAAUGUGUUCAAAUGGUGAAGGGAUCAUUAAACGAGCUUAAAAAGAUUCAGAGAAAUAUGAACAACACAAUGCAAGUUAGCGAAGAGUUUAUUCUUAAAAUGAAUGAUGAGAUACAAAAAAGAAUUGAUGAAUCUAGCGAAGAUCUAGAAAUUGAAAAGAUUCAGAGUAAAUUUGAAGUCAAACGUGUUGCUAAGAAAAGAAAAAUGGCAGAUUAUGAAAGCAACGAUGAACCAAUUGUAGAAGAAGAAAAAAAAUUUACCAUAGAAAUUUACAACAGAGUGUUGGACACUAUUAUUGAAAGCAUGAAUAAACGGUUUUCAAAUAAUAAUGAUUUGUUGAUUGACCUAUCAUUGUUAUCUCCAUCAAAUUUCAAUUUAUUUAAAAGUGGACUUCCGACUGAUUCAUUAACAAAAUUAUCACACAAAAUUAAACCAUUUAUUGAUGAUAAUUUAAGUGAAAAUGAAAUAAAAAACAACCUGUCUGAUGAACUUCUUAAUUUUGGAAAAUCAUGGCAUUUUUUAAAAAAAUCUGUUGAUGAGGAAUAUAAUGAACAAUCAUAUGGGAAUGGAAGUGACUCUGAAAAUGAAGAUCUAGAGAGUACAGAUAUUGGGAAACCGUGUAACAAGAGUUGUAAGAACUGUGUAAUAUGUUGUUAUAAUGUUUUAAUUAAAUAUAAUUUAUUUGCAAAUGCUUACCCGACAUUAACUAUAGCAUAUCAAUAUAUUUUAACCCUCCCUGUUACGCAAGUUGCUUGUGAAAGGUCAUUCUCAACAUUGAAAUAUUUAAAAAACAGGCUGAGAAAUUCAAUGACCAAUGAACAUCUUGAGUCUUUUAUGCUAAUGGCCAUUGAAAAUAAAAUUCUCAUGGAAAUUGAUAAUAAUAUUAUCAUAAAUGCAGUUGGUGAGAAAUCUAAACUAUUAUCUAAAUUAUUAUUAUAAAUGUUAAAAUGUAUAAACCAUUUUUAUUAUAUUGUUUA